UAAUUUUCUCCAAAAAUUGAAGAGCUUAAUCGAUUCCGGCCAGCCGCUCUGCGACGCCGUAUUUAUUAGUCUUCUUCUUCGUUGGCAUAUCUCUUCCAACAAAAGCUGUUAAAAUCAGUCAAUGGCGUUUUAUUACGGUGGUGUUGGUUAUGGAAGGACUGGAUGUGUCGUCUUUGGUUUGCCGUCGGUCUCGACUAAUGAGUCCCUUCGUUGUGCCUUUUCUCCGUUCGGAAAACUCGUCAGAGCGAUUAUUGCGAUCAAUCCUCCCACCAAUCAGUAUUUUGGUUACGUGGUGUUUGAGGACGAGCCAUCGGCGAGGGAAGCUGUCAAGAGGAUGAACGGAAAGAAGAUUGACGGUCACCAAAUCACCGUUAAAGAGUAUCGGUUUCCCGAGUUUCCCCCUACCGAUCCCCUCAGUCCUGAAGUUUAUGCUAGUUUAGGACGACUUGGAUGUGUCGUCUUUGGUUUGCCGUCGGGCACGACUAAUGAGUCCCUUCGUCGCGCCUUUUCUCCGUUCGGAAAACUCGUCAGAGCGAUUAUUGCGAUCAAUCCUCCCACAAAUCAGUAUCUUGGUACCGUGGUGUUUGAGGACGAGCCAUCGGCGAGGGAAGCUGUCAAGAGGAUGAACGGAAAGAAGAUUGACGGUCACCAAAUCAUCGUUAAAGAGUAUCGGUUUCCCGAGUUUCCCGUCGGCAGUAAUCCCGGUCUCGAUUAUCAGAAAGCUUCUGCUUCUGCUUCUGAUUCUGCUUCUGAUGAUAUGGGACCACUUGGAUGUGUCGUCGAUGGUUUGGGGUCGGGCGCCACUGAUGAGUCCUUUACGCGCGCAUUUUCUCAGUUCGGAGAUGUCAUCCAUGCGAAGAUUGCAAGGGAUUUUGGUUGUGGAAAGAAAAUUGGUAUGGUGGUGUAUGAGGAUGAGCGAUCGGCGAGGGAAGCUGUCGAGAGGAUGAACGGAAAGGAGAUUGACGGCUACCGUAUCACCGUUAAAGAGUCUCGGUAUCCUCAGUUUCGCCGCCGUGCGGUGGCUGAAUAGGUUUGGUAUGGGAUAGUAGCGGAUGUGGUUGGUCUAUAAAGUUUUAGUUUUUUUUUUUUUUUUUUUUUUUUUUUUUUCUUUUUUGUUUUUAUGGUUAUUGGUUGUUGUUUUAUUUUUACCUAUCUUUAUGAAUUGAUGUUUAUUUAAAGUAGAAAUUUGAACUUGAA